AUGGAGCCCUUGGAGAAGGUGGCUGAGAAUGUGGCAGCCUUGAGGCAAGAAAUCUCUGAGCUGAAGACAUCAGUUGCUGAAUCCAGAAGUGAAGUAAAAGCUUGCAAUGAGAGGGUUACGAAAGUUGAAAUCCACCUGGAGAGGAUAGACAUGGAUAUCCACGAGCGUGAUCAGUGGUCCCGCAUGAAUAACGUUGAGGUAAAAGGAGUACCGCAAGGUAAAAAUGAAAACCUCUUCAAUAUCAUGAAGACUUUGGGGGAUAAGAUUAAUUACAAGAUAGAUAAAAGUUAUUUUAACUUUUAUACUCGAGUCCAGUCUAUGGAUCCAAAAAAUCCUAAGCCCAUCAUUGCGUGCUUCCAUAGUAGGUACGUCAAAGAGGAUUUUAUAGCUGCAGCAAGGUUAUACAUGAAGAGUUCACCUUUGGCGUCAUCGGACUUGGGACUCGCCGGAAACUCGAGGAUAUUCGUGAACGAUCACCUGACGGCUCGAAACAAGGAUCUUUUAGCAAAAGCCAAAAAGGCGGCCCGGGAAAUGGACUUCAACAUAAAUCACAAUUUUGAUGAGUUUGAAGCCUUGUUCGCUGCUAUGGACACCCCAUGCGAAAUUAUUAUUUUAACAGAGUGCUGGCUACUUUCGGCGCCUUACCUCCCAACUCUUAGUGGCUACACAGCACAUGGUACCAUCAAACACCUUAAUCAAAACAGCGGUAUCGUUAUAUAUGUAAAAGAUAGCCUCGACUGUAAAGUAUAUGAGCCGGAUUGUAUAAAGGAAGCUAACUGUCUGGUUUGCGAAAUAUGUAAUAUAUUUAAGUUUUGGUACCAAAACCAAAUAAAUGUGGUAAAAUGGUCCGACGGCAUUUCAGAUGCGUACAGGUUGGAGUGCGGGGUGAGACAGGGGGGCAUUACAUCUCCCAAGCUCUUCAACCUGUAUGUAAAUGAUCUCAUAGUGGGACUUAGCAGUAUGAGGGUAGGCUGUAGUAUAGACGGUGUCGUCAUAAAUAAUAUAAGCUAUGCCGACGACAUGGUGCUGUUGGGUCCGACUACGAAAUCAAUAAAUGAGAUGUUGAGGGUAUGUGAAAGUUUCGCGGCCGAGCACGGGCUUGUUUACAAUGUGGAAAAGUGUGUAUGCAUGGUCUUUGGGGUCGUUGGAAAGUGUCCCAGAAAUACACCUCCUAUGUUUCUAUCUGGAAAGGAACUAAAAAUAGUAAAAACUUUUAAGUAUCUGGGCCAUGUACUUGCCGACGACCUUAAAGAUGAUGACGACAUAGAAAGGGAGCGGAGAGCGUUGGCGGUCAGAGGUAACAUGCUGGCCCGGAGAUUCGCCCGCUGUAGUGACCAGGUUAAAAUAACCUUAUUUAAAGCUUUUUGCCAGGGCUUCUACACGGGUGGUCUGUGGGUCCGCGGCACCAAAAGGUCGCUGGAUGCUCUCCGUAUCCAGUACAAUAAUAUUUUUAGAAUGUUAUUGCGACUCCCCAAGUUCUGUAGCGCCUCUGAAAUGUUUGCUCAAACAAGAACAGACGGGUUUCACGCUGUUAUUAGAAAAAAAAUGGCGUCUUUGAUAAGGAGGAUAAGGUCGAGUGGCAAUACCAUUCUAAGAACUGUGGCAGACAGAUACGACUCGCCUAUAAUAAGGCAUCUUGUGCGGGGUACCAUGCCGGUGGCCCUACAUGGUCAACUUUAAAGAUUCUAGUAGAAUUAAGUACUAACCCUUUUAUGUUAUUUUAUAUUAUUUUGCAGAUUUAUAAUUUUAUGUAUUACUAACAAACUGGAUCUUUGUAAUCUGAUAUUAAUAAAUGAAUUGAAUUGAAUUGAAUAAACGC